GGGAAAAAUCUAAGAGGGCAGAGCUGGGAUAUAGGUUUCAGCUCCAUUCAAAGAAGGCCUUCCUACCAGUCAGGAAGGUGGAAGGGACUGCCUCUUAAGGGAGUGAGGCUUCCAUCUCUGAAAGUGUGCAAGUCAAGGCCAGAGGGGCACUCAGUGGAGGUCAAGGAGGAGAUUCAAGCAUCCACCGACAAUUCCCUGGGUCCUCUAGGUCCUACAAGUGGAUGGUUUUGUGGCAGAAAUUGCACAGCUUUCUCACCCUUUGUUGCCUAGGUGUCUGUUCCUUCUAAGUUGUCCAUUCUCCAUCCCAGCCUCUGUUGUAAUCUAAUUUCUCAUCCUCUGCUAUUUCUUUUGUGUGUGUGUGCGCUUUAGAUGAAGGUUUAUAGAGAAAAUUAGUUUCUCUUUAAACAAUUAAUACACAUAUUGUUUUGUGACAUUGGUUGCCAACCCCACGCUGUGUCAACACUCUCACCUUCUCGACCUUCGUUUCCCCAUUACCAGCUUCCCGGUCCCCUCCUGCCCUUUCGUCCUUGCCCCUGGGCUGGUGUGCCCAUUUAGUCUCACUUUGUUUUAUGGGCCUGUCUAAUCUUUGGCUGAAAGGUAAACCUCAGGAGUGACUUCAGUACUGAGUUAACAGGGUGUCCAAGGGGCAUACUCUUGGGGUUUCUCCAGUCUCUGUCAGACCAGUAACUCUGGUCUUUUUAUGUGAGUUAGAAUUUUGUUCUACAUUUUUCUCCAGCUCUGUUAGGGACUCUCUAUUGUGAUCCCUGUCAGAGCAGUCAGUGGUGACCCUCUGCUAUUUCUCCCAUUAGGGGCUGGUUUGAACCUAGGGUCAAACCAAGGAAGGUACAUUUUUCUUCCAUGGUGGCAAUGGGACAGUAAAACAGUAGCCACUGAGCUAGCACUUAGGAGGUUAGUUUGUUCAAAGCCACAUUCUAGUAAGUGGCAAAAAAAGAGAUGGUUAGGAGUCAGAUAUCUGAAGUUACAGGUAGUCCUGGGUUUGAAUCUUGCUCUGUCAUGUAGCUAAGCAAUCUUGGACAAAUUACUCAACUUCUUCGAGUCCCCAGUUCCUGACUUCAGGGUCUACUGAGAUUUACACUAGGUUGCUGCCUCAGUCUCUUGCUAAUUCAUGCUGGAGGGUUAGGGAUUCUUGGAGAUUGAAAGCUGGGAAGGGCUGGAGUUUCUCGGUUCUCCUUCAGGUGGGUAGAGAAAUGUUUGCAGUGGGUGUGGUGCAAUAGAUUGCUUUUAUAUGGCCUUUCUUGCCAUGGUCUUGUAACUCCCACCAAAUGAUUGGGUGGGACUAUGCAAACAAACUGCUUGGACAGCUUGCUAAUGAUGCCUUAAGGUGUAUGGAACCCCUGUUGGGUGUGGGACCAUGCAAAUAAGGUGUAUGGAACCCUAACAAGGGGAUUGGUCAGUUUCAUCAUAUCAGGAGGCUUAAAAGAGAGCCAAUCCCAGAGCAGAAAGGAGAGCUAGGAGUGGAGUGUGGGGUCCCUGCACUGAGAACCUUCUAGACCCAGGAGACAGAGAGAGAGAGAGCUGCAACAGAGAUGGUGAGAUUACUAGACACGGUGAGAAGCAGUGGCAGCACAGGGAGCAGAACCAGAAGAUCAGCAUGAGAAGGUGCGGUGGGCUUCCCAGCCUGCGCAGCAAGGCGGCUACAGUGGGUGUGCCGACCCAUGGCGUGAGAGAGCUGAGUGCCUCUCUGGGGAGGCUUACUGGCAGAGUGGGGUGCCUUUGGGCACUUAUUGGCAGAGCUAAAGAGAUUUGUAACACUUGACUGAGCAGGGCAGAGGUGAUGCCUAUCACCAGAGAGAGGCCUGUCUUUGGGCACAGCUGAGCAAAGGCUGUCCUGAUCAGAGAACUGUAUCCUGAGUCAUUCCUGAUCCUGAAUUGUUACCCUACUUCCCUAAUAAACUCCAUAAUCGUGAGUAUUGUCUGUGAGUUCUGUGUGGCCAUUGCAAUGAAUUAUCGAACCCAGCAAAGAAGUAGAGAGCGCCACGGGAGGGACAGCUGGUGUCAGAAUUAGUAAAAGGGUUGGACAGACGAGGUAUGUCUGACCACCUUAUAGGAAUCAGCCUUGGGCGGUUGAUCUUGAUUCUCCUUGCCCCUUGUGAAGUUAGAAGUCAGACACCCUUGACCUGUCAUUUUUACAGUGGGGAAGGCUUUCUCAGGUCCCAUCUUCAGGUUCUGGGUGGAGGUCAGAGGUCAGGAGGGCUCCACUGUAGGUUGGCUUCUAGGGAAAGGAGUCCCCUCUGGCAAGAGGGCAAAGGCCCUAGCUCAGAUGCCAAGUCCCAUACCAGGGUUGAGGGUCUACUGGCAGCCCAAGGAGCAGGCUCCCCCGUCCCCAACCCCGUUUCAAGGUCCUGGAGGACACCCACUGUUCCCGGUUCUGCACACGCUGGUGUCUCCGUGGAGACACCUUUCAACAGAUCCCUGCACGCAGGGCCUGCAAUUCACACCUCUUCCCUAUCGCUGGCCUGGGCACACAUCCUAUGAGCGCCAGCUGUGGUCAGUCCACAGUGGUUGGCGUGCACACCAGCACAGGCUGUUCCGGAAGCGGCCAGGCUGAGAGAUUCUGGCGGGAGAAGGGGGAGGGAGAGGCCGAGUCCCAGGCUGCUAGGGAGCGGAGCUGCCUGAGGGGUGAGGGUGGAGCUUUCCCGGCCUGCCGGCCGGGAAGGGGCUGGACCGAACCUACAAGUGAAGGCAGGGGAGAGCGUCGGCGGGCGGUCCCCAGUAACAUCUGGGUGCAGACGCAGCCCGACCGAUUCCUGGGAUCCCCCUCGUGAUCCUGAGCUACAGAUUACCAGAUACCGCAGAUUUCCGGGACACACUUCUCGAUUCCAGACCCUCAGGACCUUACAAGUCCGAGCCCAGAUUCCACCCCGGAGUCCAGAUUCUCCGAACGAGACCUUCGACUGGACUGCGGAUUCCCAGGUCCCUCGGGAAAUUCCCUUAUCCCGACCGGAUUUCCGAUCCCGAGAUCCCUGGAUUCGCCGUCCCCGGCUCCUGUCCCGCCCCGGGUUCCCAGAGCCUGGCGCCCCGAGCCUGAGCGCCCCCGCAUGGCGGGGACGUGCUCGCGGUCUGCGGCCCUGGAGCGUGCCGGCAGCUGCUGGCAGGACCCCCUGGCCGAGGCGCUGAGCCGGGGCCGGGCGCCCGCAGCGUCCUCCGGCCGGGGCUGCGCACGGAGCCGGCCGCUCAGCGUGGUCUACGUGCUGACCCGGGAGCAGCGGCCCGCGGCCGAGACCGGAGCUGGAGCCGAGGCCGAGCCGCUGCCCCUGCGCUGCCUGCGCGACGCCUGCGCGCAGCUCCAGGGGCCACGGCCGUCGCCGCAGCUGCGCAGCCUGCCCUUCGGGACGCUGGCGCUGGGCGACACGGCCGCCCUCGACUCCUUCUACAACGCGGAUGUGGUAGUGCUGGAGGUGAGCAGCUCUCUGGUGCAGCCCUCCCUCUUCUACCACCUCGGUGUGCGAGAGAGCUUCAGCAUGACCAACAACGUACUCCUCUGCUCUCAGGCCGACCUGCCUGACCUGCAGGCCCUCCGGGAUGAUGUUUUCCAGAAGAACUCGGAUUGUGUUGGCAGCUACACACUGAUUCCUUAUGUGGUGACGGCCACCGGUCGGGUGCUGUGUGGUGAUGCAGGUGUCCUGAGGGGCCUGGCUGAUGGGCUGGUGCAGGCAGGGGUGGGCACUGAGGCCCUGCUUACACCGCUGGUAGGCCGGCUGGUCCGCCUGCUGGAAGCCACACCCACAGACUCUUGUGGCUAUUUCCGGGAGACCAUUCGGCAGGACAUCCGGCGGGCACGGGAGCGGUUCAGUGGGCAGCAGCUCCGGCAGGAGCUGGCUCGCCUGCAGCGGGGACUGGACAGCGUGGAGCUGCUGAGCCCCGACAUUGUCAUGAACCUGCUGCUCUCCUACCGUGACGUGCAGGACUACUCAGCUAUCAUUGAGCUGGUGGAGACGCUGCAGGCCUUGCCCACCUGUGAUGUGGCCGAGCAGCAUAAUGUCUGCUUCCACUACACAUUUGCCCUCAACCGGAGGAACAGGCCUGGGGACCGUGAAAAGGCACUGGCCGUGCUGCUGCCACUGGUACAGUUUGAAGGUUCUGUGGCACCUGACCUGUACUGCAUGUGUGGCCGUGUCUACAAAGACAUGUUCUUCAGCUCUGGCUUCCAGGAUGCUGGGCACCGGGAGCAGGCCUAUCACUGGUAUCGAAAGGCCUUUGAGGUGGAGCCCAGCCUCCACUCAGGCAUCAAUGCAGCUGUGCUCCUCCUUGCUGCUGGGCAGCGCUUCGAGGACUCUGAGGAGCUCCGGCUCAUAGGCAUGAAGCUGGGUUGCCUGCUGGCCCGCAAAGGCUGUGUGGAGAAGAUGCAGUAUUACUGGGAUGUAGGCUUCUACCUGGGAGCCCAGAUCCUCGCCAAUGACGCCACCCAGGUGGUGCUGGCUGCAGAGCAGCUAUACAAGCUCAAUGCCCCCAUCUGGUAUCUGGUGUCAGUGAUGGAAACAUUCCUGCUCUACCAGCACUUCAGACCCACCCCGGAGCCCCUCGGAGGGCCCCCGCGCCGUGCCCACUUCUGGCUCCACUUCUUGCUACAGUCCUGCAAGCCAUUCAAGCCUGCCUCUCCUCAAGAGGAUCAGUGCUUGGUGCUGGUCUUGGAGCUAAACAAGGUGCUGCUCCCUGCGAGGCUCGAGGUUCAGGGUGCGGACCCAGUGAGCGCUGUGACUCUCAGCCUGUUGGAGCCGGAGACCCAGGUGAAGUCACUGCCGAGUACCCUCACUCACCGAUACGCACCUUUCUGUCGAGCCUUUCUCCCAUCCCCAGGUCGCUCUUCCAGUCCCCAGCACCUCCUCAGAUUCCCUUGCUUCCCGCAGAACAAGCCCUCCAGCUGGACCUUCCCAGUCGCCUCUGUCUGCGGCGUCAGCACCUCCAAGCGGGACGAGCGCUGCUGCUUCCUCUACGUGCUUCCCCCGGCUCAGGACGUCCAGCUGUGCUUCCCCAGCGUAGGGCACUGCCAGUGGUUCUGCGGCCUGAUCCAGACCUCGGUGACGAAUCCGGAUUCCACGGCGCCCGCGGAAGGGGCGGAGGGCGUGGGGGAGGUGCUGGAGUUUGACUAUGAGUACUCAGAGACCGGCGAACGUCUGGUUCUGGGCAAGGGCACGUAUGGGGUGGUGUACGCAGGCCGCGAACGACACACGAAAGUGCGCAUCGCCAUCAAAGAGAUCCCAGAGCGGGACAGCAGGUUCUCUCAGCCCCUGCAUAAAGAGAUCGCUUUGCACAAACGCCUGCGACACAAGAACAUCGUGCGCUAUCUGGGAUCAGCCAGCCAGGGUGGCUACCUCAAGAUCUUCAUGGAGGAAGUGCCUGGAGGCAGCCUCUCUUCCUUGCUGCGGUCAGUGUGGGGACCCCUGAAGGACAAUGAGAGCACCAUCAGUUUCUAUACCCGCCAGAUACUUCAGGGACUCAGCUAUCUGCAUGACAACCACAUCGUGCACCGGGAUAUCAAGGGGGACAAUGUGCUGAUCAACACCUUCAGUGGGCUGCUCAAGAUUUCUGACUUUGGCACCUCCAAGCGGCUGGCAGGCAUCACACCCUGCACUGAGACCUUUACAGGAACCCUGCAGUAUAUGGCCCCAGAAAUCAUUGACCAAGGCCCACGAGGGUAUGGGAAGGCGGCUGACAUCUGGUCAUUGGGCUGCACUGUAAUUGAGAUGGCCACAGGUCGCCCGCCCUUCUAUGAACUAGGGAGCCCACAGGCUGCCAUGUUUCAGGUGGGCAUGUACAAGGUGCAUCCGCCAAUGCCCAAAUCUCUGUCUGCUGAGGCCCAAGCCUUCCUCCUCCAAACUUUUGAGCCAGACCCCCGCCUCCGAGCCAGUGCCCAAGCUCUGUUGGGAGACCCUUUCCUGCAGCCUGGGAAGAAGAGCCGCAGCCCCAGCUCCCCUCGCCAUGCUCCACUGCCCUCAGAUGUCCCUUCAGCCAGCCUCACUCCCUCAGCUGACUCAACCACCCAGUCCCAGACAUUCCCGUGCUCUCAGGCACCCUCACAGCACCCGCCCAGCCCUCCGAAGCGCUGCCUCAGUUACGGGGGCACCAGCAGGCUCCGGGUGCCCGAGAAGCCCGGGGCCGAGGAACCCCCUUCCCCUGAGGAGAGUUCGGGGCUGAGUCUGCUGCACCAAGAGAGCAAGCGCCGGGCCAUGCUGGCGGGGGUGCUGGAGCAGGAGCUGUCUGUGCUGGCGGACAGUCUGCGCCUGGAGCAGGAACAGGGUCCUCAGCUUGGCAGGAAUCAGGUGGAACAGCUACUGCGCUGCCUCCGGGCACAUAUCCACACUCCCAACCGCCGGCAGCUGGCCCAGGACCUGCGGGCCCUACAAAGGCAGCUGCGGGCCCAGGGCCUUGGGCCUGGGCUUCUUCAAGGACCACUCUUUGCCUUCCCGGAUGCGGUGAAGCAGGUCCUCCGCAGGCGCCAGAUCCGCCCACACUGGAUGUUCGUGCUGGACUCGCUGCUUAGCCGCGCUGUCCGGGCAGCCUUGGCUGUGCUAGGCCCGGAGGUGGAGAAGGAGGUAGACUCCCAGCUGUCAGAGGAGCCGACUAAAGACAAGGGGUCCCAGACGAAGCAACAGGAGACCCUCGUUCAGUGUAACCCGCUCCCGAAGGAGCCUGAGUAUGGACCCCCGCCUCUGAUGGUGCAGCUGGGCCUCUUGCGAGCAGAGACUAAUAGGCUUCGAGCUGUCCUGGCCGAGAAGGAACGAGAGUGCCAGGCCCUGAUGCAACGGGCUCUACAGCGGGUGGAUGGGGAGGCCCUGGCCUCUGAGCCCCCAGCUGCUUUCCCAGCAGACCAAGGCCUGGUACAGUGGCUGCAGGAACUGAGUGUGGAUGCUGUCACCAUCCAGACGCUGCUGAACCACAGCUUCAGCCUCCAUGCCCUGCUCACCUGUGUCACUCGAGAUGACCUCAGUUACACCCACAUCAGGGGAGGGAUGGUGUGCCGAAUCUGGAGAGCCAUCUUGGAGCAGCGAGCAGGAGCCUUACCAGGCACCCAGGAGGCUGAAUGAGGGCAUCAGAGGCAGGAGGCCAGAUGCAAGGAUGGAAGAAUGGACACAACACAAGCAGCUUCUGACAUACCCACUCCAGGACCUAGGGGCAAGUGGAGGAAGCCUGGUGGGGCCCAGGCCCAGCUCCAAUGGAGGCAACCAACCACAGAGGCACGCUGAGCACACUGAGCACUGCCAGGCAAAGACUAUUAAACAAAAUGUUUUUAUA